AUCGACAUAAAAUGCAUUUAUCAAACCUAAAAAAAAUCCCUCAUCAAAAACACUUUUUUCUUGUCAAUCAAAAAUUAUCCUUUAUAGAUUCAUACCGACCAAACAAAAACAAUCUUUCACAUAUUUAAAUGAAUUUGAAUAAAUAACCGUUAACAUUAAACCAAGAAAGAAUCACUGGGUUAUUAGCUUGAGCAACAUCCAAAUUUCUUCACAGCUGAAACAUUAAUUUUUACUGAUAUCUAUUUAUCUCCUUUCGACAGAACAUUAGCGGAUUCGCUCGCUGCUUCCAUGACUUUUUUGCUCACAUGCAGUAAAUCUGAGUGAGAACUUCCGUGAAAGCAAGCGUUCUCGACAUUAGUGGCAUCGAGAGCCAGCCGAUGUCUCCAUGAAGCAAAAGAGAUUCUUUCUCCGCGAAUGACUAAUUUGCUUCUUCGGUCUGAAUACCCACAAGAUGGUGUAGAUCAAACUUGUUGUCCACGAGCAUCAGUUAGGAUCAGUGUGGUUUCUGAGUCCUUUGAGCCUUGGUAUAGCUCGGUAUGUCUGACGGGAGUCGAACCCGGGUCUAUUGCUUGGAAGGCAAAAUUAUCCUAACCGUUGGACUACAUACGCUACUGUUUCGAUAAGUACAAAACCGUUUUAAAUCUUUAGCCGUAGUACUACCGGCAAAAACUGUAUUACCGACGCGGGCGUUAUAAAAAUCGGAUUAUUUUUCUAUGCUACUAAUAUGACGUGGCAAGUAAAAAAAGUAACUAUAUAAACUGGAUACGGGUACGGCUAUGAGGAGGUCUGUCUCAGUUUCAGAGUCAGUACAGAAUAGACGCGACUCUUGACGUCCUCCGGCGCUUCUUCCGCCGCGAAACUCUUUUCUACUAUCAGUCUUCUCCGGUUUAACCCCGGCGGCAGAGUUUGUGCUCGCGUUGCUAACUCGAUCGCUUGAAGCAACUUUCAGUUUACCCUACCAAACUUUUCGAGGAUGGGCUGCAUAGGAUCUUCUCACGCCAGAAACGAAGGCGGAGCAAGACGCGAGAAAAUCAAGAAACCUAAACCGUGGGCGCAUACCGAGCCAAUCACAAGGGCACAGCUUAUGAACAUGCGUGAGGAGUUUUGGGAUACUUCUCCACACUAUGGUGGUCAAAGAGAGAUUUGGGAUGCACUUCGAGCUGCUGCUGAAGCUGAACUGACACUAGCGCAGACAAUUAUUGACAGUGCAGGCGUGAUUGUUCAAGGCCGUGAUCUAACAUUGUGUUGGGAUGAAAGAGGUGCUAAAUAUGAGCUUCCUAGGUAUGUUCUAAGUGAGCCCACAAAUCUGAUCCGAGAGCAGGGACAGUAACCUCUAUGAAGGUUGACACAAUGACAUAGAGAGCAAAGCUUAGUAAGUAAUAUUAGUAUAAGAAGCAAUAGAAGACUAGAUAUAAUCUGAAGCAAGUCUCGUAUUCUUACUUUUAGCAAAGAUAUUAAUAGAAAAGAUACACACUCUGUACAGUUUACUAUAUGUACCGUCAGGAUUUCUUCUAAACCUUUUUGGGUCAAAAUGAUAUACUGAACAUUACUGUUGAGACAGCUUAUACGCACUUUUGCAUAUUAUUGAUCAAUUGUGAGUUUACUACAGAACAAAGAUUUAAAUUUUCAAACAGUUGACAAAUAGAAAAAUAUAGAGAAAAUUCAAAAUAAAUUAGGUCUUUGGAUUAAAUGUACUUGUAUGUCAUUAGGUUUGUUAUAAAAAGAUUCCGUCCACCUUUUUUUAUUAAAAUAUCUCGAAAAUCACAAAACUCUUAAGAACAUAUUGUGUCAGAAAUGGUCUUCAUCUCCCAAAUUAUCAUGUCUUUUUGUUCUUUGGAUUUUGGACCUAGUCACUAGCCAAUCACAAUAUUUAAUUAAAAAUAGUAUUUAUUUUUACCUUGGUAUAUAACGCAUGUCAGUAUAAAUUAUUAACUACUGAUUGUUAAUUAAUGUAGUCAAUAAUUGUUGCUUAAUUGAGUAGUAUCUUCUUUUAAUUCAAAUCAGUCUCGUAUUAUAUAUUUGCUAGUGUCAAAGGACAGAUUGAUCCUAACCUUUGUUUGUUUGAAUGAGAUGAUUGGAUUGCAUUGGAUUGCAAUCAGUCUAGUAAUCACUUUUAAUGGUUUUAGGUUUAUUGAAAUUACUUAUGUAUGAUGUAUGCAUAAUGCAUCUUUAAUUCAAAAUAGUAUUUAUUUUUACCUUGGUAUAUAACGCACGUCAGUAUAAAUUAUUAACUAUUGAUAGUUAAUUAACGUAGUCAAUAACUGUU